CUCCGACCUCCUUCUCUCUUCUUACCUUUUUCCUUGCUCUGAGAAUGCUGCUCGGGUUCCACUGCCGCCUCUACCGUUCGGACCCCGCGGUUGCCAUACUAACCCCAGCGGGGGUAGGGGGUUCUGGUGCCAUCGUUUUGGCGACGGAGGGGGUGUUUCUCCCUUCCCGGGCCACGUGGUGCCCCAAGGCGGUGGUGUCCGUGAUUUCUGAAGAGAGGCGGGAAUGCCGGUGAUCCCGACGAACGGCGGCUUGGACAGCAGUCUGGUUUAAGCAAGGGGUAGGGAGAGGCAAAAGACAGGAGUAGGCAGGCCUGGAGGGAUGGGAUUGGGUACAGUGUGGAUGGCGUGUGGACCCUGGGCGGUGACAGUGGAGAAAGAUGUCUUGGGCCCUGCCCCUGAACCAGGAGCCACCAUGUUGGUGAUACCCCCCGGACUGAGCGAGGAGGAGGAGGCUCUGCAGAAGAAAUUCAACAAACUCAAGAAAAAGAAAAAGGCAUUGCUGGCUCUAAAGAAGCAAAGUAGCAGCAGCACAACCAGCCAAGGCGGUGUCAAACGCUCACUGUCAGAGCAGCCUGUGGUGGACACAGCCACGGCAACAGAGCAGGCAAAGCAGCUGGUGAAGUCAGGAGCCAUCAGUGCCAUCAAGGCUGAGACCAAGAACUCGGGCUUCAAACGUUCUCGAACCCUAGAGGGGAAGUUAAAGGACCCUGAGAAGGGGCCAGUCCCCACUUUCCAGCCGUUCCAGAGGAGCAUAUCUGCCGACGAUGAUCUGCAGGAGUCCUCCAGACGUCCCCAGAGGAAAUCUCUGUAUGAGAGCUUUGUGUCUUCCAGUGACCGACUUCGGGAACUGGGACCAGAUGGGGAGGAGGCAGAGGGCCCAGGGGCUGGUGAUGGCCCCCCUCGAAGCUUUGACUGGGGCUAUGAAGAACGUGGUGGUGCCCAUUCCUCAGCCUCCCCUCCCCGAAGCCGCAGCCGGGACCGCAGUCGUGAGCGGAACCGAGACAGAGACCGAGACCGGGAACGGGAUCGAGACAGAGAUCGGGAUCGGGACCGGGACCGGGACCGUGAGCGGGACAGAGACCGUGAUCGAGAUCGGGACAGGGACCGAGACCGAGACAGGGAUCGGGAUCGAGACAGGGAUCGGGAUCGCGACCGAGAGGGCCCUUUCCGCAGGUCGGACUCGUUCCCUGAACGCCGGGCCCCUCGGAAGGGGAAUACUCUGUAUGUGUACGGAGAAGACAUGACACCUGCCCUCCUCCGGGGGGCCUUCUCUCCCUUUGGAAACAUCAUUGACCUCUCCAUGGACCCACCCAGAAACUGUGCCUUCGUCACCUAUGAAAAGAUGGAGUCAGCAGAUCAGGCUGUUGCUGAGCUCAAUGGGACCCAGGUGGAGUCUGUACAGCUCAAAGUCAGCAUCGCCCGCAAACAGCCCAUGCUGGACGCCGCCACUGGCAAGUCUGUCUGGGGCUCCCUCGCUGUCCAGAACAGCCCUAAGGGUUGCCACCGAGACAAGAGGACCCAGAUUGUCUACAGUGAUGACGUCUACAAGGAGAACCUUGUAGAUGGCUUCUAGGGAAUGGAGCUGGAUUCCGUGUGCCUCAUCAGCCCCUACACUGGUCUCAGUAAAACACUGAGGUGGAAGCUCGUCCAUCUCCCUCUGCCUCUGGUUUUUCAGCACUUGGGUUUGGGCUCGAGCCUUUAAAAACGGCUGUUUGUUUUGAUCUCAGUUGUAACAACAUGGCCAGUGCACGUUCCCCACUCCCUCACCCCAAAAGGAUCUUGAACACA